UUCCUCGGUGCACCUCCCUCAAAUCCAGAUAGUCCUGUCUAGUCUAGUGCCAGUGCAAGCAAAGAAAACAGAUAGAGGUAGCCAGGAGGUCGAGUCACCAACAAGAAUGUGCUUCGAGUUCAGCUCCUGUUUCGGCGGCGGCAUAAAGGACGACUACGGCGGCGAGCGGUCCAACCAUGCCGGCUGCGGCGGCCGUCGCCGUGGCCGCGGCCGCAGGGGGGACCGUGGGAACGAUGCCUCCUACUACGGCGAAGCCGACCGCAAGCUGGCGCCGGCCAAAGACCACCAGCCGGCCAUCGACGAGGCGGGUCGCAAGGCCCACCAUGAUGGCGGGCGGAAAGCUGACCACGUGGUCGCCGGCGCCGGUGGCCACGGCUAUUAUGCUGCCUACGCGCGAGACAAGGCCCACGAGACGCCCAAGCUUCCUGCAUGGCACAACAAGCUCGGGGACGACGCCGGCUACGCCUACAACACGGCGCGCCUCCGCCACCAGGCUGCUCCUGAUCAUAGGGAGCACGCCGCCAUGGAUUACCACCACUACCCAAGCACUACUACCAAUCUCGUAAGGAUUAGCUAGCAUGGCAGUUCAUCAAUCCCCCCCUCCUCCUAAACACUGCCUCUGCUUCUGUUAAUCUGUUCUGUUCAGUAGCUCUGGUUUUCUACUCUGUUUUUCCUUUCUCGUCUGCUGAAACUGAAAGGCACCUGGAAUAGUGUCUGAGAGCCAAGAACCAGGGUGAUGUAGGUUUUGAUCAGAGCCUCCACGUAUUUGUCGAUGGAUGUGCGGCACAAGUUACAGCACCAGGGAUAUUUUACUACUCCUGUUUGUGCAGUUGCUUGUUUUUACUUUUAGUUGUGGCUGCUUUCUUUUUGUAUCAUAAAUCAAGUCAAAGAAAGCAUUUCUGA